AUGCUUGCUUGGGAGCAUGCCCUUCUCCUAAUCUCAUCUCUCCUCUUAACCUCCAUCCUAAUCAUGUUCAUCUGCCGCUACUACUGCUUCAAAAGACCGACCCGAACCGACUCCAUCCUCGACCCGGCCCCCCGCAGCCCGACCCUGCAGGCCGGCAUCGCCAAGCUCCACCACCGGGUCGCCGACGCCGCCGACCCAAUCCUCCACCCGCCCGUCGAGUUUCUCGACAGCAAGCGGAGGGGAAAUUACUACGUCUUCAAGCGCGGGCCUUCCGCCCGGCCGCUGUUCAAUUGGGCGGAUCACCCUUCCUUGAUAACCGACGCCGUCGAGAACGGAUGGUCGCGAUUCGGCUUCGUCUCCCCGCCGCCGUCGCUGCCGGUUUCCGGGUCCGUCAGGAACUCUAUGCUCCUCGGCCUCUGCGCCGCCGCGGGGGAUUAUAAUCCGGCCCCGCCGGAGAUAAGCUGGGAGGUGAGCCAGGCGUCGUCGGAUUUCAUGCAGAAGAUUCGCCUGAACCCCGGCGCGAAGCGGGUCGCCGUCAGCAACCCGUCGACGUCGGCGGCUUCAGUGAUCAGAACGGCUCUGCCGUUACCGGGCCCGCCGCUAGGGAGCAACGUCAAUUCGGCGUUUCCGCAGGAGGCCUACUUCGAGAUCGUGAUUCUGUACUCCCGCGGCGGCGGCGGCGGGGAGGAUCAGAAUCAGAAUCAGAAGAGCAGGUCGUCUUCGGCCGGCGGCGGGAAGGGAAAUCGUGUUGGGGAAGGGGAGAAGAUUAAGCUGAUUCAGGAAAUUCCGAAUCCGAAUUCCAACUCGGCGGCUCUGCUCCACCACGUCAGCAGCAGCCACAGGAUUAACAGGAUCGAGGAACUGAUGAGGGUUUCCGGUGGUAAUAAGGAUGAGAACAAGGGCGACGCCGUCACGGUGGCGGUGGGGCUCUCUGUUGGCAGCGGAUUCCCUCCUUUCAAACUCCCCGGUAGUUACCACGGCUCCAUCGGCUUCAAUUCCAAUGGCUCUGUUUAUCUUGAUGGUCUGAAGCUAGUGUUCGAAACAGAGUCAUCAUCGGACUGGGCAAGACCCGAGAGAGUGAUCGGGUGCGGGUACGACCCGAGGCAGAAGAAGGUGUUCUUCACGGUGGACGGAGAGUUGGUCCACAUAAUCCACUGCAAGGCGGACGAGUUCGGGUCGCCGCUGUACCCGACAAUCGCUGCCAACAGCGACACGGUGGUCGUGGUGAACUUCGGGCAGAGCGCGUUCAGCUACGCGCCGGCGAACGGGCAGAGGACGCCGAACCCGUGCUUCGUCGGGCCGCAGGUGAGGUCCCCGGCUUUGGGGUAUGAGGACAGCAAGGAGCUGUUUUCAAUGGGGAGGAUUGAUUCGCAGUGGCUCAACAGAAGUGGGUCUCGGUAUGCGUACGGUAAUGGCGGUGGAGGUAAGAAUGAGGCGGCGGCGGCGGCGGCGGCGGGGCAGGAGUCGAAUGAGGAGGAAUCUGAGGCGGAUUUGUUCGAGAUUGUGUUGGAGAGCAGCAGUGGGCGGUCUCCUAACUCCGUGUUGUAG